AAAUGUUGAUGUGAAAGCCACAGAUUGUUCCUUGGACAAAAUAGCUACUUAAAGAUGUGAUUAACAACCUAAACCUCAACCUGUGUACAAGGUGUAAAUUACAAACUUGCUUCAUGAACUAGGUGGCUUCAAAAGAAAUUUGUAAGAUAUGAAGUAUUUACUACCAUUGUGGAUUCUGAUUAACUGUCGUUUAUGUCAAGUUUUAGGUGUUUUGGAAUGGACAGUUAUUGGAAAGGUUACGGAGUAUGGACACAACGUGACAUUAUUUUGCAAUGUGUCAAACUGCUGUCCACAAGAUUCAGGAUGGGAUCAGUACACUCCACAACAACGCACACUGUUUAUAGAUGUCAAAACAGGACGAUCUAAUAAAAAAUAUGACGGAAAGGUUUCAGGAGAUGGAUACACUUUAAUUAUACAAAAUUUGACUAAAUCAGAUCUUAAUGUUUCGUAUGCCUGUGUGUAUGGUGUAACAAUUGGUGAAAUUAAAUUUCUACUGGAAGAGGAUGUUUUCACGUACAUAAGUACAACACAUUCAAAUGUGUCAACUGGUAAAAGUCAAUUUUCUGAAGGUGAAAUAGCUGCUUUAAUAGUCGGAGUUUCGGCGUUAGUGGCCGUUCCAAUUUUCAUUUAUGUUUGGAAACGAAGAAAAAAGAGAAAAACCAAAAACAAUGGAGAAAACCAAGUUUCAGAAGAAUUGGAAAAAUUAAUCCCGGAACUAUCGGCACCAGUCGGGCCUAUGGAAAUAAGUAAUAUAACUGAGAGUUCUGUAGACAUUGCAUGGAAAGCACCUGAACUUGAUGGUGGUGCUUCAAUAACAAAAUACUUAAUUGAAUAUCGACUAGCUAAUGUGUCAACAUGGGAAAAGGCUGGAAAUGUAGAUGGCACCACAUACAAUUUCAGUGUCAAAGAUCUAACGGAAGGUGAAGAUUUCUACUUCAAAGUCACAGCUAUCAACAGUAAAGGACCCGGAUCUCCAUUGGAAUCAGAAGAUCUGGUAAAACUAAAUGCAUUACCAGAAGCUACAUGUAUAAAUCGAUUACCAGAAGCAGAUCGACUUAGAUAUAUCAAGCUUAUGCAGAGUUCAAAAACUGAAAGACGGUACUUUGUUAAAAUAAUGAUCGUGGGGAAGGAGUCGGUAGGGAAGACAUGCUUAUUGCGACGAUUACUAAGAGAAAAAAUUGGAGAUGUAUCAAGUACAGAUGGUAUUGACAUUGUUGUUCGUCGAUGCAUAAUUAACAGAGAAAAUGGGAAAUGGAAAAUAGAAAAAGAUAUACCUGAUGAUACAGGGGACCGCAUUCAGAGAGCAAUAACUCAAAAUCAAAGCACUCAAGAUCAGCCAAAUGAAAACAUAAAAAGUGAGGUUCCCAAAAAGGACAUGUCAGAAGUUGCAGAAACAUUCAAAAAACCAUUAGUUAUAGAAGCUGAACCCGAAAAGCAUGAUGACAUUAGUAACAAUAGUACGCUCACAACUUCUCAACUAGAAUGCAGUAAACCAACAGUCGACAACAUGAAUGUAGAAACGACAGAUAUUACAAAUAUUAGUCUUGAGAAUGUAACUUUGAAAACAAAUGACACCAACGAUACUAUUGAAACGGUAGAGAAUAACAGUGAAAGUAAUCUAAGAGACACUAUAGAUGUUACGAGUACGGAAACAGUAAGAACUUCAAAUGAAAAUGAGCUUCAUCAAAAAGACAUUUCAGAAUACCUGGGAACGUCAAAUCUGAUAUCUGAUGUGUUUGCCACGAUUUCAACUUCAAAUAGUCUUUCAUAUAAUUACGCUCUAUGUGGAUUAUGGGAUUUUGCAGGACAAAAGGAAUUCUAUUGUACACAUCAGGCAUUUUUGACAAGUAGUGCAAUUUACCUGGUUGUUGCCGAUAUGAAAACCGACAUCUUGACAGAAAAACAAAACAAGGGAAAAACGGGAGACGAUGUACCUUCCUUUUCAGAUUUACAUGAAGAAGAUUACGUUGAUUUUUGGUUUGAUAAUAUACAUUGUUAUCAAACAGACGACCGACAAGAAGGUGAACCAUCAAUUGACCCUCCGGUUAUAGUAGUUUUUACUGGAAAAGAUCAGUAUGAAAAGAAAAGUUACAAAGAAAUGCAGGAAAGACAAAUAUAUCUUGGUGACAAGUUAACACAACUAUUCGGAACGCAGGAGAAGUAUCAGCACUAUCGACACAAAUUUUAUGUUUCGAAUACUGAAGAUCCCGAUGCAAUUUUUGAACAGUUACGAGAUAAAAUAUCAGAACUUGCACAAAAGAUGCAGCUUUGGGGUGAAUCAGUGCCUUUAAAAUGGAUCCUUUUAGAACGUGUGAUUAAUGAGAAUAAAAAACGUGGGGUGAAUUUUAUAACUCAUGAUGACAUAAUCAAGAUAGCAAAACUUCCCGAAAUUGCAAUAUAUGAUAAUAAGGAAGUUUUAACAUUCCUUCAUUUUCAAAAUGAAGUCGGUAAGAUUGUUUUCUUUAAAGAUAUACCAGAUCUAAUAAUUCUAGAACCUCAGUGGUUGGCAAAUGCUUUCCGAUGUUUAGUGUCAGAUAGAUUUGAUAUUGAUAAGGUUCAAGAUGUUAGUGUUAUGGAUAAAGCUCAAAUCAGCUUCGACUGGGUGAAUUUAAAGACAAAAGGGGAAAUCAGUGAUCUAUUGAUCAAUACACUCUUCAAGUUAAAAGGUGGAGUUUCCUUUUUGAAACAAAAGAAGCAUUUGCUUGAAGUCAUGGAGAAGUUUGACAUACUGUUGGAAAUUAAGGGCAAACAUGCAUAUUUAAUGCCAAGUAUGUUUCCGUCUUCUUCGUUUGAAACUGUUUGCAAGAGUAUUGGUAUAGUUAAAGAUAAUUGUCAAAGAACUUCCUGGUUUUGUAUGAAAUUUAAAUUUCUCCCACCGUCCUUCUUUAACCAUUUAUCGGUUUGGUUGAUGAGCAAGUACUCUCCCACUGAAGUGAAAUCUACCAACGCGUUUGCGUUAUAUAGAGGUUUUUGUGGUUUUGAUCUAAACAAAUCAGAUUGUGUGAAACUUUUGAUGACGAUGUCGAUUGAUACAAUAGCCCUUCAAAUUGUGUCGUUUGCCAACCACACAAAAGAUCUCGUAGAAGAGUGUACUAGUGUUCGCAGAGAUUUAAGGAAAAAAAUAAUAGACAUAAAGAAAAGAUAUAGAAUUGCGGUUACUUAUGAACAACAGUUCAAAUGCAGCGAUUGUCCUUGUCAUGCCGAUGCAAAGUCCUUUGAAACGUUGAAAGAGCAUAAUGAUUUUUUCUGUCAUCACCACAGGGCGUCACACGAAUCUGCAACUGUAUGUUUUCCAUGGGCAACUAGAAGCACUGAGAGUCUCAGCAGAGAAGAAAUGGACCAGGAACACAAAGAGAUUCUUCAUACUAGUCUUGAAUACAUAGUGAUGAAUCUGCAUGAUGUGGAAAGGAUAUGUGAAUAUUUGGAGGUUGAUGAUAUACUUAUAGAAGAAGAUUUGACUGAAAUUAAGCAUAACAAGUCUAAACAGACGAGGGCACUUUUAUAUAUCUUACCAUACAGAGGAAAGAAAGCUUAUGCCAGUUUCAUUGAAGCGCUGAAACGAACAGAAAACACAUUCGUUGCUGAUUACUUGGGACAGGACGAUGGGUCUACAGAUUGGCCGGAUUUAAAGACAGGAUUGAUGAUGGUUAAGAAAAGAGAUAUACAAAAGUGUUCUGAAAAAUCAUUUAGAAAGAUUUGUGAAAGCAGACAGGUUUACAAUAUGACAAGGAUAAAGAAAGGAAAGUUUUUAAUGAUAUCUAAUGUUCAAUGUAUCAAACAAUACACAGAUACACAAUCACCAAAUGAUACUGAGUUGAAAAGUAGAAGUCGUAUAGACUUUGAUAAAACUUCUAUAUUACAACUUUUCAAGCAUAUGCAGUAUGAAUCAAAAGGAGCUGAUGUACUCAAAGAUGUCUCAGGAUAUGACAUGAAGAUGUUUCUUCAAGACAAUUUAAAGAACAAAGAGAAUUCAUCUUUUGACAGCUUAGUUAUAGUAAUCUUCUCUGGUGGAGAUAAAUAUAAACCAAGACAAAUAUAUGACAAAUAUGACAACGAAAUAGAAAAUAAAGAAAUAUUUUCAAUCAUUCAAGAAUCCCCAGCUUUUGCAGGAAAACCAAAAGUUGUCAUUAUAAGUACAUACAAUUUUGAAGAAGAAACAGAAACAUAUGAUGACUUGGAUGUUGAAAAACAGGAGCUGCAUUUUUACGACAAAGGGUCAAAUAAUAAAGAUUUAUUUGUGGUGUCUUCUCAACCAAGGACAAAAAAAGGCCCAUGGAUCAUUGGAGAAGGAAUGAAUGGAUCAUAUUUUAUGCAGGCAUUAAUUCAUGUUUUUAAAAAAAUGGCUCAUGAGAAAUCAUUUCUAGAAAUGAUGAAAGAGGCGAACGCAUGUCUGCUCCAAGCUGUGGUACCAAACAAGAAAGACGGGACUGUCGAUAAGACCUCUGUUGCACAAAUUGUUUUAUUGGAAUAUUGCGAGGAGAAGGAACUUUACUUUUUUCCAGGACUCAGUUUAAUGUCUUCAGAUUUUUCUGUUUCUAUGUUAGGGAACGUAGUAUCUCAACCAACAGAUUAAAGUUUCACUGCAGUUAACGCUUUGAACAAGUAUUGUAGAAAAGUUGUUACUUGACAUAGUGGAGUUUACUUUUAUGGCGUCUUGUUUGAACAAAAAUGUAGAGGAGGAUGUAUAAAUAUCAUUCUGUUCCUGAUAAAAAAAUAUUUAUUGGUUAAUUAAUACAUAUAUAUGAUAUAGGAAUAUUUUACACACAUCAUCAUUUUAUAAUAACACAUUUUGUAGAAAAAUAUAGCGUGCUGCUCAUAUCUCAAUAUUAAUGACAAGACAAUAUAAUAAGUUAAUUUUUGGAAUUUGCUUACAUUUGUUCCUAAAAUAUAAGAAGUUAAAAACAAAUAUACAAGACAAGUUUAAACAUAUCAAAAUUAUUUGUUUUGAUAACAAUUGUUAUAAAAAAAUAAAUUUUGAUAUAUUUAUAAGAUCUUUUCAUUGUUCAAUUCAAGGAGCCAAAACACAGCACUAUUAUACCAGUGUCUAAAAAUUGCCCAAACAGUUUUAGCAUGUGCAGGUCGUGGUAAUAUUUUGUUUUCAUUCAAACAUGCUCACCUGAAGUCACAGAAUAAACCAACUGUAUCCUUGUAUUCCCAUUAAUAACAUGCAAAUACAUAUUUUGGUAAAAAAAAUAUAAAAAUUCUUAGAAUGCAUCACAUAAAAUAAACUUAGGAUAGAAAUGAAAAGAUUUAAAUUACUGGAAAUUUCAUAUUUCUCAGGUUUCAACCAAUCUUAGGUGAUAAUUAUAAAUGCCUUUUCAAUAUGAUUCAAAAUCAUGACUUGCAUGACAUUAAUUUGUACAGUUGAUCAAGUUUUUGUGUUGGAACAUAAACUUAACCGAUAGUUAAUUAAUUUGGCGGUGUCUUAGGAUUAGAUAAGAAUCAAUCUCCAAUCCGCUAUUGUGUGAUGCAUACUCACUUGAUAUUACUAAUCAACAUAUUUUUAUAGGUCAUAAACAAAACGGAUGUUACAUGUAGGGCAUAAUCUGUUUACCCUUCUGAAGCACCUGAGAUCAGCCCCCGGUUUUUGGUGGGGUUCGUGUUGCUUUAGUUUUCUAUGUUGUGUUUUGUAUACUGUUAUUUGUCUUUUGAUCGUUUUUCGGCUUUUUGCCGUGACAUUGUUAGUUUAUUUUCGACUUAUUAGUUUAAAUUACCCUUUUGGUAUCUCUCACCUCUCUUUUACAAUAAGGCAUUUUUCUCUGACUAUAGAGUGGCUGAAAUUUACCUUAUUUUAAAUUUUAUAUUUAAAUUGUCAACUUGAUUAAAUAUAACUAGCAAUCAGUUUAAAUUUGUAAUUUGAUUUGUUUUGCAUCAUCAAUUGUUGAGAUUUGAACAUCUGUGAACUACUGUUGCCUUAAUUUAUUGACGUAUGAAAAAUGUGGUGGCGAUAUUAUUGUAUUCUAUGGUUUAGAUUCCAAUCAAAAAGUGGACACUUGAACGCGAACAUAACUUUGGAGCAAAUAAAAACACAUGCUAAAACAAAUCUUUUUUUCGAUAUUUGAAAUUGAACUAAAAGUUUGAUUGAAUUUAAUUGUCGACAGGCUUUGAUGAAGAAAAAUAUGAAGUGAUGGAGCAAAUUGUCUUAGUUGAUUAGUAUAAUUUCCUGUUAUGCGUGAGCAUAUGAAAAAGUGAUUGGCGAUCAUAAGUCUAAUAUCAAAAGGACUUUAACCGUUGAAGGGCACAGUAGAUUAUCAAAUAGUAACAUUGCCAUCAACAUGAUCAAGUCUUCGUUAUUGAUAACUAUAAAUUGCAAUUUAUGGUUAAAAGGCGUUGAACAUGUCUGGUCUUAAAUUCAGUUUGAUCCAAGAUGAAAAUAUUUUUUAGAGAACAUUUAGACUGGUUUCAGCUGUAAAUAUAUUAUUGUACUAUAGCUCAUGAUUACGACAAUGUUUGAUAUUAAACCAGCUGUAUAAAUAACAGGGCAGCUUCCUUUCCAGGUACAUGGCGUUAUGCCUUAAAUGCAGGAUUAUCAAAAUUUGCUGCUGAGGAAUAUAUUUUGGUCUCGUUUGUCGCGGAUGGCGAGACAUAAAUGUUGCUUUUUCCGGCGGCGUCAACAAUUGUUAAGUUUUCUGCUUAAGUCAGUUUGAUUGGAACGAAUACACUCGUACCUUUGCCAACUCGUUAAUUCUCAACCAACUCGUACUUUUACCAACUCCAGUACUCCUACCAACUCGUACUUUUACCAACUCGUACUUCAACCAACUUGUACCCAUAGAGACUACUGGUGGUCGAUCAAUGAUAUUUUCUAUAAAGUUGCAUUACUAUCAGUACAUAACAGUUUGACGACUAUUUAGAGGUCCUGUCCCCUAGGUAAUGGUCCAGCGACUUUCAAUUAAAAACCCAACUUUCAGUGUAACGUUUUCUGCUUAAUGGUAAUUUUGUAUUUUAUAAUUGGUCUUGUCCGAGACAUAUAUAGUAUGCAUGUCUCUGAUAUUAAAUAACAGUUACUAAACUACUUUUCAUGAUUAUUUCAAGACCAGUUCAGAUAGUUUUUGGGACAUUUCAAGCUUGACAAAGUACGUGUUAUACUCCAAUAAAGAUACAAUUUAAACUUGAUAGGAACAACUUGUGAUAGAUCAAUGAUAUUUUCUAUAAAAUUACAUUAUUAUCAGUUUGACGACUAUUUCGAGGCCCUUCCCUCUAGGUCAUGGUCCAGUGGCUUUGAAUUAAUUAGCAAUAUUCAAUGAGUUUUCUGCUUAAAAAAGUUUGAUAGGAACUACUUGUUAAAAGAUCAAUGAUAUUUUCUGUAAAGUUGCAUAAGUAUCGGUAUACAUAUCAGUUUGAUGAGUAUUUGGAGGCCCUGCCCCGUAGGUCAUUGUCCGACAGGCGACACAUAACUCUGUGCCAACAGUUUAUCAAAUACAAGUAAAAAUGUUACAUCUCAAUGAAGGAAAUGUUACAUUGACACUAUAUCCAAAAUUUUAUCGUGACAAGUCAAUCAGGGGAAAUGGCGUCAUACAUUACCAUUAAUCCUUUUGUGUGUUCGUAAUUGCAUAAUUAUGGUAAACUUUAAGGAUACGACAGACAAUAAGAAUGUAUAAUAAUAAAUAAUGAUGUGAUGAUUGCAUGAUAGAAUGUGACGGAUAAACAUUUUCCAGUUCAUGACUUCAAUAUGAAACCGAUGACCAUGCCGUUUUGGCUUACUGCUUGGCAUAUGCAACUUUUUUUUUAUAGUCAAUUUCAAACACUUCUAUGCUACCUAAUUUGAUUGCAUGGUUGUCAUCUCGCACCAUUUCGAGUCGAAGAUCUCUCUCUAAUGAGAGUGCUUCCGUGGAUUAAAUGAAAUAGAACAAAAUGUUGACAGCUUACUGUAUUGGCAUUAUUUUCUGUUGUCAUCGUACAGCACGCAUAUGCGCAGAUCGCAAAUACACAAAAGAACAAUUUCUUACAAACAAUGACCUGGACUAUCACCAACUGGUGAUAAUAAUUACUGUAUCGUGUGGUGAAGUCUAUGUUAACGUUUACCUGGACACAGCAUUUCUCUGUUCACAUUGAUACACAGAUAACAUCAUCCAAAUGAAAGAUCCUAAAAUUAUAUGCAGUUUAAUGUUCCUUUAUAUGGAGACAUUUAAAAACAUUGCCAAAGUUUAAGUUAAGAAAAUUUAUGAACUCAUGCUUUCAAAACUUAGGUCAGAAUCCAUGCAGCAUAAUAAAUGUUAAAUCAUGACAUAUAUGUCGCAAUAAUAUAUGCGUCGAUAAAAGCUUAUUUUUGCAAUAUCUCUUGAUACCUUUAAAUAUCACAAAAAAUCAUUAUUUGUGUAGUUGAAAGACCAUAAAAUUUAUAAUUUAACAUAUAUCAAUCUAUAAUAUUAGUAUAUUUAUGUAAUAUUUCAUUUUAUUGGUUGAAUAAAGUCCUUAAACUCUA